CUCGAGUCGUCUGGAGCAGUGAUCGAGAACAACGAGAUAUGCGACUUUUCUCGCAUCGGGGCCGUUGGUUAUCACGCAAUUGCUCUUUACGGUGUGUGACAUUUGAUCAGGCACAAUACAAUCUACAACGGACAGUACACUGGGAUCUGGUAUAUGGGCAAUGACAUCGUUAUGGAAUACAACCACGUUCACCACACGUGCGUGAACGCAUCCGACUGUGGGGCUCUGCACACCGGUAGAGACUGGACAACGCGCGGGAAUAUAAUCCGCUACAACCUCGUGACCGACACACUUAGACUGGUCCCUGGAGCGGAUGUUCGUGGUGUCAUGCUGGAUGAUCAGUCUUCAAGUACCACCAUUGUGAACAACGUAUUCUACAAUAACGAGGUCCAUGUGAACAUAGGUGGUGGGCGGGACAAUAUUGUAUCCAACAAUGUCUUUUACGGUUCCACCCUAUACAGUAUGCAGGUAGACGGAAGAGGUACUAGCAAUCCAAACAAUUCGGAACUAUUAAAAAGGCUACACCAAAUGCCAUACAAUUCCACUCUCUGGACUAUGCGGUACCCGGAACUAGCCAUAAUAGAGCAGCGCAACAAAAGCCUUCCGGAAGGUAACCUAAUACACAAGAAUGUUGUAUAUAAUACUGGGAAAGCCGGAUAUAUACCUUCAAAGAGAGGAUGGUUGGACAACAUUAAGCUGUUUAACGAGACCGACACGAUAACAGCCUUCGGAAGUACGGACUUUUAUGACGUUGCAAACUCCGACUUCCGGUUACGGUGUUUUGCCAAGGACUUGGCCAACGAGGUGGGCUUUAUACAGGCGCUGCCCCCUAGCGAAUACGGCUGCAAAGUGCGUGUAGGACCAGUGCACAUAAACAGAGUUCCCGCGACUCUGAUUUCGAACCCGGCGACAGGCCCCUGCACCACAAAGGCGCCUCUGACCACAUCGCCGGCUCCUGCAUAUCUCCCGGAUGGAGCUCGAACUAACCACCUGUACAACGUCUCCAACUCAGGUUGCUGGCUUGUCGUAUCAAAAUGCACGGCACACCCGAACGCCACUGGCACACACCGCGACACCCAUGCGCACUCAGACGACAACGAGACCACGUGCUUUCAACGUGCUGUUCAGCAAUGGCACGACUGUGGUAGCCACGAUAACGAACAAGUUGUGGCAAUAUAUGGACCUUCCGGCGCGAUGACACUGGUGGGUGACGGAUGCUUCAUGUUAAUAUAUGGGUGUCCAAACCACGGCGGCCCAGCUGACGGUCACUCUCUUACAACCGGAAGUAUCAACCGGGACACAUACGCGGAGAGUCACGGGGGCGCCCAUAACGAAGAGUCCUGUUUGAGCAGGGCACAGGGGCAGUGGGUUUACUGCGGAUCUUUUGCCAACCAUCCCGUGACAUCUAUUUACAGACCAACAGGUGCUCUUAGGACAUCAGGUGCCGGAUGUUGGAUCCACGCCCAGCAGUGCAACAUGAUUCCCAAACCUCGCAGUAUGUUCUAUGAUGCAUGGGGAGCAGCGAAUCUGCAUACCGAUGACGUCGAAGAUGCGUGUCUACAACAGGCCGUCUAUUACUGGAAGAAGUGCGGCUCGAACACCACCUACCCAGUCACUGCGUACUUCCGGCCUUCCACAGCCAGCCGCACCUACCCGGCGGCUGCUAAAAUGGUAAUGCCUCGGUCACACUGUCACGAAUCAGAUCUACAAAUGAGCUACGAUUCAAUCGGCUACGAAUGACUACGAAAUUGUCAAAAUUCGUAGGCCGCUACGAUUUUAGUACGGAGAGCAACGAAUCUACCAUCAAAAUGUUGGAAAAUGAACAAGGAAAGGUACGGACUGGUACUGAUCGACGCGAUUUAGUACGGAGCGACACGAUUCGGUACGAUCAAACUACGAAUCCGCUACGCUAUGCAAUUAAGUGCAACGUUUGCUAUUAUGAACAUGCAAUAAACAGAAGUUAGUGAUCUGAGGCAGGGGAGCUGACUGCGUAUAAGUAUGGUUAGUUGGUACUGACUUAAACAAUUGCGUCGUAAUGAUGCUUCUCUUAAAGGGACAUCGUGUAUUUUCACUGCCUUAGUCAUUUUAUUUUUAUUCCUUAAAAUGAAUACGCCCAUUCGGCUCUACGGGGGAUAAACUUUGAAUAAUAGCUGUAAUUGUCAGCUUUUUAAUUUUUUCUGACAGAUAUUCGAUUUUGAUGUAAUCUUGUGCUGUGUGUGUGAGCGGAGGGGUUUGGAUGGAGAACUCGGAGGAAACCCCGUCUGUCUGGUAUGGUGGCAACCAACCAAAUAUAAUUUUAAAGUGCCGGUUUAAACCGCUGCGCUAAGGAAACAGCCUAUUUGCACCAACCCUUCCAUAUCGCUUUUUUCAGAACCAGAUACCAGAUAACAAAUGUUGAGAAACGUUUAAAGUACAUGUAUAUGUUUACAGUUUGCUAUCCAGUAUCCUCUGAGCCGCGUCAUGUGACUCUUAACCAGCCUGCGUAUUCGCGCAAUCUGGUUAGGACCGUCCUUGUUCGCUAAUGAGAUCACAAAACCUUGCGUUACUUUAAAGCGGAAAAGGGAGUGCGAAUGCACUGGCUGGUCUGGGGCUACACUGGAAUUAUAUGUCAUAAGACCCAUUUUCGCAUAACGCGGGUCAUCUGAUGUGGAUCGGUAAAAACGAAUCUUCAUAGGUUUGUCAGUGGAGGUUGCAUACACUGUCAUUGCAAACUUAAAAUAGUUAUAAAACAUUCAAAUGCUUACGCAGAUAUCAAAUAUAUCGCACGUGACAUUUCUUUGUUGUAUAUUCAGUACAUCGUACGGCGUACUGGAUUUUUUCUGACACUGGUAUUGAAUGAUGUCUAGGGGGUCGAUCAGUGUGUGUACUAAAUAUUAUACAGUACAGAGCAAUCAUCAGAACGGGUAUUUUGUACACCCAGUACGCAUCUACUGGCAUCUUUUUAUCUCUAACUCCUGGCUUAUUUAUCUCUAGUUUGUCUGUCUAUAAAUUAAACACGUUUCCUUCACACCUGUGUUACUUGUCCACCGUGAAUGCCCUUGUUGAGAUGUUUACCAUUGUGAUUUUCCUACUCAGCUGCAACGGGCUGCUGACGGUGGUGACAGCUGCAGACGUUCGUCUGUAUGUCAGUCCCACGGGCUCUGACCUCAACAACGGAUAAGCUUUCAUCAACUUACAUUGUGCUAGUGUAAAAUAAUAUUCAUGUAUAGCUGAUAGUAACUUCACUUCUGUAGCAACUAGAUAUUCAAAAUUUAUUGAAAUUAUAUAUAUGUCCAUCUCGUCCUCUUUUUUGUCGUUCGCUGGGGUUUAGCACUGGAUUAUGUCCAUAUUGACCACAUUGAGCAGCGACUGACUUCCAAUGACUAACUGCUGUUCGCUUGGCAUGAGCAGGACGAUGCAGUACACACCAAGGGAGAAGCCAUAGUGCUUACCAAAUCGGCAUUGAAAGCGCUCAUCGGAAUGAAUGCAAUCGGACCAAUGAUAAUAACAACCUCUUUCAAUACAAAGAAGACGAUGAUCAAUGUGAAAAUCCAAUCGUUUUACACGCCAAUUGUUUUAUUAGCGUGUUUAAAUAUAUAAUUGUCGACAACUUUAAACAAGAAU